UUAAACGCAUUUAAUUGUUGCACACUUGAUUCGCCGAGAGCUUGUCUUCGUGGUCCUAGAGCCGUCCGGGUUCUCGCAGCCAGUCAGCGGCAGCCACAGUGUCAAACGCAGCCGUUUACCGAGGUACCACCGAGCAGCGAUUAAUGCCCUGAUUCCGACGUAAAGAUGGCCUCUGCUCAACCUGGCAGCCCACCUCUUGCCGCGGAGCAUACCCCUCCUGUGCAGGAUGAAGAGGGCCAACAAGAGGAAGAGGUGGAGAGGGAUCAGCCUGCAAAAAAACGUGGCAGAGGCAGACCUCCGAAAGCCAAACCCCUUUUCAAAUGCUCUGCAUGCACGGAGGCUUUUAAGAGUCUGCCAGCUCUGCAGAGCCACAAGCAGUCAGUACAUGCGAAGGAACGACAGCAACAGCAGCACCCGUGUCCUGAGUGUGCCAAAACAUUCUCAAGCAAAGCUCAGCUCUCAAAGCACGAGCGCACUCACUCAGCCCAGCGCCCCUUUCAGUGUCCUGACUGUCACAAAGCUUACAAGACACCCACAGAGCUACGCAACCACAGCCGCUCCCACACCGGGGAGAAACCUUUUGUAUGCACAGAAUGUGGUAAGGCCUUCAUGCAGGCGAUAUGCCUGAGGAUCCAUAUGACACAACACAGUGGAGAGCGCCCUUUCUCCUGCCGCCAGUGCUCUAAGAGCUACCCAACCUUAUCCAAACUGAAGGUGCACACGCGCUCCCACACUGGAGAGAAGCCAUACUUCUGUGCCGAAUGCGGGAAGAGCUUCGCGGACCCCUCGGUGUUCCGAAAGCACAGAAGGAACCACCAGGGCCAUCGGCCGUAUGUCUGCAGUGAGUGUGGCAAAACGUACACGGAGCUGAAGGACCUCAGAAACCACGAGCGUUCCCACACUGGAGAAAAACCCUACCUGUGUUCGGACUGCGGCAAGGCCUUCUCCCGUUCCUCCUCCCUGGCCUGCCAUCAGCGCAUCCACUCCCAGAAUAAACCCUAUCAGUGCGAGCAGUGUGGUAAAGGCUUCACUCAGCUUUCCUCCUACCAGUCCCAUCUUCGCACUCACUCUGGUGAGAAGCCGUUCCUCUGCCCGCAGUGCGGCAAGAUGUUUUCAGACCCCUCCAGUUUCCGUCGCCACCAGCGAGCCCACAUGGGAUUCAAACCCUAUCCCUGUGAUAAGUGUUCCAAGAGGUUCCGGCAGCCAGCUGAUCUGGCGGUGCACGAGCGUGUUCACUCUGGAGAACGGCCUUACAAAUGCCAGAGCUGCGACAAGGCUUUUGUUGCAUCCUGGGAUCUGCGGCGCCACAUGCUUGUCCACACGGGUCUAAGGCCCUUCUCAUGCACGGAGUGCGACAAGUCAUUUGCUGAGCGCUCCAGCCUCAACAAGCACCGGCGAGUGCACUCUGGAGAGAGGCCUUUCAAAUGUGAGGAGUGUUUGAAGUCAUUUGUAGUGUCCUCAAGCCUGCGCAAACACGAAAGAACUCACCUUGCUGAGCAGUCUGAACAACAGCAGCAGCAACAGGAGACAGAGGCUGGGUCUGCCUCAGGCUUUACUGCCCACACAACUCUCCCUCAGUUCUCCUGUACUCACUGUGAUGCUACAUUUGGUACCUGGGAAGAAGUUCAGACCCAUGAAAACCUUCACUCCACUGACUCAACUACGUCGUCUGUUACAAAAAUUGUGCCGUUGGGUUUGCAUGUCUGUGAAACCUGCCACGCAGAGUUUGCACAACUGGCAGACUUGCAGGAGCACGAAAAGCAGCAUCUCAAGCAGAGGCCGCACGUGUGCAACAGCUGCGGCAAAGGCUUCCUCAACAAAUCUGGACUGCGCAAACAUCAGAAGAUCCACUCUAGCAACAAACCCCACUGCUGCCCCCACUGUGGCAAAGCUUUCCUGUUCGCCGCCUACCUUCGCAAGCACUUACGGACUCAUGGAGCUGCCACACAGCUCACCGACUUAAACAUCAUUCACACAGACCCCCUCCCUUCUCCUCCGCAGCCCAGCGAGGUUUCUUCCCCGUCAGUGGUGCCCAGCACCAUGUCACUGACGGUCCCAGUGACCGUACCUGUCACUGCUUUUCACUCUCUUCCAGAGUACUUAGUCAAAGAAGAGGGAAUUUAAGCUUAUUCACUUCAUUGUAAAUUUAAUUCGAGAUAUUUACCCAGUGGCCUUAAAUCUUUUUUUUAGAUCAUGGAUCUGACUUUUCAAAGUGACUUCUUUCAGAAAUGUCAGAAAUACAUUAUCCUUAUGUACGUGGUUGAUAUUUGGUCUUUGAUUUUUAUUGCCACAGUAUUUAAAAAAAUAAUAUAUAUGUUAAUGUAUUAAAAUAUACAUUAUACUGUACUAUAAGUACCUUACUAUAAAAUUGUCUUAUCUGUUGUGAUCAUAAAAAUACACCAUAAAAAAACAAAAACAAUAAAAUCCUUGGAUUUAUGGCAAUUAUGUUUUUAUAAAAAAAAUUUAAAUUGUUUUUGAAUCUAUUUUGUCUGAACAAUUUGUAACUGCUUCACUGUCAUCAAUAUAAAACUUGUCAUAUUGCGAAG